AUGGCCGCUCCAGUACCAAUAGACCGUUUGCCUCCCACGACAACCGCCUACGUGAUCGCGACCGCCAUCAUCGCAGGAGUCACCGGAUACUUCAUCGGCCAAGGCGCCUCGCUCAACCUUUUCAAGGAAAAGAACGAAGGCUGGCCCAACAGCUACAAUGUCAAGGUCCACAGUCACUCUUCCGACGAAGAAGAUUCCGAAGAAGAGGAGACUGAUGAGGAAGAAUCCGAAGACGAGGGCAAUGGCGAGGAACUGGCCAGCUUCAAGGACAACACCGAGGAAGUGAAGCUGGUGCUGGUCGUUCGCAUGGACCUGGGCAUGACCAAAGGCAAAAUCGCCGCCCAAUGCUCCCACGCCACCCUCGCCUGCUACAAAUACUUCCAGGAGUUCGCGCCCAACUCGCCCAUCCUCAAGAAGUGGGAGCGCGGUGGUCAGGCCAAGAUCGCCCUGCAAACGAGGUCUGAAGAGGAGGUUUUGCUUAUGCAGGCUCAGGCUAUGAGCCUUGGGCUUUGCGCGCGUGUCAUUCAGGAUGCUGGACGCACCCAGAUCGCCAGUGGCAGUAAGACUGUCCUUGGAAUCUUGGGUCCUAAGAGUGUGGUGGACGGCGUGACGGGACACUUGAAGCUUUUGUAG